AUGCAGCAAUCGCCGACAUCAAGGAAGCAUGUGCAUCGAGCCGGAAAGUUGGAGAGGGUGCGUAAUGUGAGUCGCCAAGCUGGGGAGCCAAGAUAUGCCAAUGCCGUCCCAGAAUUAGGGGGGUCCGUACGAAAUACGCAUGUCCGAAGUCUGCAUACUCUUAAACGAGAGGUACGCGCCUUCUGUAGAAGUUGUGACACUAUAUUCGGCAGAAGAAGCACAAUCAUUUGGAAGGUCGAGAUCGCAACAAAACCAGUGAAGGGGCUCGGUUCGAUGAUGUCAGCAGUUGCUAGGCCAAGCGCGCGGCACUUGCCAUUGCAGAGCUCUCAAGAAGUACACCCCAGUCACCAGUAUUGGCAGAGAAUCAAAGGAAAUCAACCAAUGCACUCCGCACGCGUAGCAGAUUGCCGAGUUAGCGUGGUAGCGAUCGCCAACCCCAGCCGCAAUCCACCAGCCACAUGCCGCCCCCACAGACCACGUCUUCCAAGUCAGGUGCUACCCGAACCAGAAUUGACUGCCAAAGAUGCCGCGCCCGACGCAAUAAAAGUGACGAAACCCGUCCGUCAUGCCCAGUACGCCCCUCAUACUGCCUGCGAAGGCCAAUGGGCAAUCCGCGGACGCAGGAUUUCUGCCAUCCAAAUCGGUGGCCGAAGCCAGAAAGUCUGA